GGUGUGGGCGAGGCUCAGAGACAGCUGCGGAGCUCCGAGACUCAAAACCUUCAGUUUGUUUUUAUUCAGCAGCAGAAAAAUUAUUCUUAAAAGCAAAAAAACUCCAGAAAACAAACAAAUAAAAGAAGAAAAACAAACAAACAACUGAAUCUCUUCACUUCCGGCUCAGAAACCUGCAGAAAGUGUCCGUUUCUCAGGCUGCUGCUGCAGGAUGUGAGAGAACAACAACACCGACCCUGAACACUGACGGCAGCCACCAACUCGUUUAAAGGUUCGCCAAUCAAACGAAGGCUGCGGGCUCAUCACUCCUGUCAGAGCCUCGACCUGUCCCUCCUCUCUCCGGACUCCUCGUACGUCUGUUACCCUUCGGUGGACGGCGGCGACCCGUGCUCCUGCCGCCGCUCGCCGCGCCUCCUCACCAACGGCUACUACAGCGUCACCGAGGACAGCUUCUCCUGGGACGACGAGGGCAACGUGUCGCUGACUCCCUGCAAAACCAACGUGUCCUACAAGGAGAACCUGGUCAGGGUCUUCCGGCGCAGGCGGCGGCCUCGCGGCUCUCUGGCUCGCCUGCUGAGCGAUGUGACGGAGAGCUGCCAGUCCUGGCUGGAUGAGAAAGUCUUCAGAGGCGUGUUCGGGACGGGACAGAACCAGAACCACAACCGGGACCAGGAACAGGACCGGGACCAGGACAGGGACCAGGACAGGGACCAGGACUGGACCAGGACAAACCAGGAGGGCCCGGCCCCGCUGGACGAGUCAUCCUGGUCUGCAUUCAACAGCACCGAACUGGACGACAGCCGCGGCUUCACCUACGACCACACUGAGAUCCCGCCUCCUCCCGACAAAGUGGCCCCGCCCCCGAAGCUCCUCAUCCAGGAGGAGAUUUGUUCUGAGAUCUGUCAAUCAACGGAGCGGUUCACCCAAUCACUGGGCGGCCUCUCUGAAGUCCCGCCUCCCUCGCCGUUCUACACCAACAGCUGCUGCUGCCAGACCGCACCUGAGCACAAAGGGUUAACGAUGAAGACCCUCCUCCUUUUCAUCUUCACCGUCUUUAUCUUCACCGCUCUUUACUCAGGGUGUCUCUUGUGGAGUGCGACUGUUGCAUCGACUGCGUUUGUGAUGAUGACAACAUUUAUGCUCCUGACGAAGUCGGGGCCGAUGGGCGAGUGGAGGAGAGCGAAGACGGAGGAUAUAACGUCAAGAAACGAGUAAAAGCGUCCGAAGACGGUUUCCAACGUUUGAAACUGGAGGAGCGACAGAGAAGAUCUGAUGGGACUCAGUAGAAAUAUUUCACAUGUCACCGACCGUUUGCAUGUAAGUUGCACUUAAAGGGCCGAGUUACUUACUGAGCUCCGGAUGCAUUUCACAGAAACAGCUGGUGCUUCGAUGGCAGAAAGUUUUUGUAAAAAUUAUUUUUUUUAAUGUGAAUCUUUAAAGUUUCAGAAGGGCUGAAGAGAACAUUUAACCUUUAAAUCCAAAGCAAAACUCCGGGAAACAUUAGCUCAAUACAUCCAGGUAAUGAACCUUUAUGCUAACUCCAGUCUGCUCGCUGUGCAGGACGACUGAGACUGACGAAGAUUUAAAAAAGUCAGAUCAGACAGGAAACGGAGACGCUGCGUCUCAUUUUGACUGGAUUUUGAUUCGUGUUAAACGCUGGAACCACAAAGUUUUUCCCGGAGAAUAAAAGCUGAACGUGUUUCUGUUAAAAAGCUGAAGGAGCUCAUUCACACGUUAGUGUGGUCACCGUGUGUAACUGUAGCUGUAGCUAUAAAACAUUUAUAAAAUAUAAAACAAAUGUACCUGAUGUAUUUUUGAAAUACUGUGUAAAAGUGUAUCUUGUAUCUUUAUCUGAUAGUUGAACUUGGCUUUUUUGGGACGUCCAAAGUGACCAAACGUCAGACGUUAAAUCGUCUGCAGAACAAAUUCAGGUUUUCGCUUCUAUUUAAAACGAGAGCUGUGACUUUUCCUAAGUUCUUCUGAUCUACCAGGAAGUUAUAACCACAGGAGAUAAGUGCCAUUUAUUUGUCCUGAGGAACCUGACUGAAGAGUUUUAUUCCAAAAUGAAAUUAAAAAGGAUCCAAAACAAUAGCACAAAACUGAAAAAAAAGCUCAGCUUUUAUUGUGAAAAUCUUAUUUCCUGGGUAGAGUGCUGACAGAUUUUGCAGUUUUUUGAGACGCGACAGGACGAAUAUUUACAUCCUGUUAGAUCAUCUGCAGCUUUUAGAUCACUUUCUGGAUAAAUAAAUAAACUUUACUGUUAUUAUUAUCAACAAACAGUUAAUGUUUGUGACCAGAUUAAACAAAUCGAGUGUUAAAUAUUAAAAUCACACAGAAUCAGCUCUCUGAUGGCGUUACGUUUAACGCCCUCGACCUCCUGAGGUGCACAACGUCAGAGCAAGUCGGACCUAAUGUGCUCGUCCUGAACCAGUCUACAGAAAAUGUCUGACGUCUGUUAAAUGCAUCAUGAGGAGGAGACGUUUGUUGACAUCUGAUUGACAGGUCGAUGGGCGGGGCCACUGAUACACGCCUUGUGACGGCUUUACCUACACGGUUGAGCGAGUACUCGGCUGAAACAGUUAUGUUGCUCUGAAACUCAAUGCUGUAGUUUUCUAUUCAAUAUAAGCAAACUAAGCCCCGCCCACCCUGAAUAGAUCAUUACUCACUCUUUCCAAGAAUUAUAUGAACAAUAAUGUUGUGCAGCGUUAAAGCCUCACGAAUCGUCGGUGUUAUAAAUAUUAAAUAUAUAAUAAUAUAAAUAUGCAGCAUUUUGUAGUAAAACUCUUCAGCUGUGAAGUGCCUUUUUCUCAGCCAGCAGAGUAACACAGGGAGGUUUAAACCUAAAGUGCUGCUGGAUCAUAAACAGACCUGCUCCGCUGUUAGAUGGAGAUAAUCUCAGUGUUUGAUUUAUACUGCGCGGCGUGGCAGACGGGUGGAGCUUCCUGAUGCUUCCUGAUCUAAAGUAUAGAUUUUCCCUAAUAUAUGAGGCUGUGUUCACACUGUGUCCAACAUGCAUUCACACUUUAAGGUCACUUUUAAAGGAAGAUUUUAAGAUUUUUGGAAAAGUUUUGAAGACAUGUUUAGAUUUAAUCUGUGUGUGUGGAGCUGAGGUCAGAAGACAGUUAAACUGUUGUUCAUUUAAAAAAAUAGUCCUGUUAAAACCUCAAAUGUUCCUGUUUAAUCAAACCAAACGCAGUGUUAAUUAUUGAGCUCUAGAGGGGCUGAUAGGAGCCUAAAAUAUUCUCCUUCUUACAAUAAAAUUGCACAUUUAUGCAGGAUUUCUCAAACAAACUCUCCAAAACUCAGCGUCUAACUUCCAACGUCUCCUUCACUGACCUGCUGGGAAAAUGCGAUUCCACCUCCACUGAUGGUGAAACUUUUUCCUAACCUUUAAAACCAGCCCCCUCUCUGCCAGCAGCCGUUUUUACGAGCAACCUGCUGUCACUGUACGCGCGUCAGUGGCAGUUUUAAAGGGCAUGUGUGAACACAGACUAACUCCACCCGGCUGGGCGUCGCAGGCAGAAAAAAUCUGCCUCAACAUACUUAUUGUACUUUGAGCAAUAACUCCAGAAAAUGUAAGAAACUCAACUAUUAAAACCUCAACAGUGUGCAGGGAGAGAAUCUGUAAAGUCACAGUGAAAAAAAACUGUUAAACUAUCAAUACAGUUUGUAUUGAUCAGGUUUCAUCGGGAGAACAAGUGCAGUAGGAAGCCGAAUUAAGUAACGUAAAGAAAGAUAAGUACUGUAUGGCUUUAUAGAGUUCUGACUUUAUAAAGUUUGUUAAAUUCAAUCAUGUUUGGGCCUCAAACUACGCCAAGACUUUUACUAAACCUGAGGAGGGAAGAGAUGAGCUGUGCUGCGUUCAAAUCAACAUGUUUCCCAGUAAAACUGUGUGUUGGUGUGUUUUUGUGUCCGAGAGAAACAAGCAGCUUCCUGAAUCCGACGAGUUUUUAUUCACUCAAAGUGCCAAAAUCUGACGGUUCAGGAAAUCAGCGACACGUCGUCAAUGAACAAGAAUCUUAAUAUUUUUAAUCACAGCUCUGCAGAACGUUUUUACUUUUGCAUUUAAAGCUGCAAUAUUUUUAUAUGAGGUGUCGAUUGUAGCUGUACGACGCUUUUUAGCCGCUUUGAGCAACGAGUUUUGGUUUUUUAUGGCUGAAAAUAUGAGCCGAGUCUCUCAGGAGCUAAAAAAGGAGAGCGAAUAUCAAACAAACUGGAUUUGUUAAUAAGCAACUGUGUCUGCUCUGCUGCCCCCUGGUGGCCAAACACACUUUAAUGCAGCUUUAAAUGACCAAAGUUUGUUUUUUUCUUUUAUAUAAUAAACUUUUAUGAGGGUGUUGUAAAAUGUUGAAUUUACUGAAAAGGACAAAAGUGACUAAAAUACAUUAAAUAUGAUGUAAUAAGCUUUUGUGUGUGAUGUAAUGCAGCUGCUGAUGUUUGUUUUAAUCUUUUCUUUGACUGCACUUGUUUCCAGAUGUGGGAAUGUGUCACAUAUUAUAUCUGUUAUUAUUCCACUGUACUGUAUUCAUGUUAUUAAAGUCUCUUAAAUUGUAAAAUGAAACCUUAAACGACACACAGACGGGCUUUUAAUUUGAAAUUGGGACAGGAAGAAGAUUAAGAAAUGAUCAAUCAAUCAAUGUGAUCAAUUUGUGUUGAUUACGAUGAUGGCGCUGCGUUUUAAGGUUUGAUUCUUACAGUUUUCAGAUAUUUUCCAGUUUUAGUGAAAGUGUUUUGUUUUAUCUGACGUUUAAAUUAAAGUUUAAAGACAAA